AUGUCCAAAGUGAACAGAAGAAAGGAAAUCAAAGAAAAGGAGGCGUUUCAACUCCGAUUUCAACUAGCACUCAACGAGUCCAACAACACAGUCGCCAAUUGGCUACCGCAGCAGAAUGAAGAAACAGAGAAACCGUCAGGGGAUGAUUUUCUAAACCUCCCGAUUCUCACGAAUGGCCUGGGUCUCUACGAGCUAGAAGAGGACGACGAGGCGCAGAAGACAAUUUCGGAUUUCGUCAACCCGGAGAAAGACCCCCAAAAGGUGAAAGUACAGGAGAAUCGCCAAAACCAGGCAGGCACCAAAGCCAUGACCGCCUUGAUCAACAAGAUGAGAAACGACAGUCGUGGGCGGGCCAAUAACAAAGACGGACAAGGCUCCAAGAAAGUUGGGAAAAAACGGAGUCAGUUCUUGGGGGAAGUCGGGAAGAAAGAAACGCAGAAGCAGAAGCAGAAGCCUGUGAAGGUGGAGGUGGACCUGGACAGUGACGAGGAGGAGAGGAAGAUCAGCGCACAAAGAAGUACGAAAAAGGCCACCAAAGUGUCCAAGCGUCCCUUCUGA